AUGGGCAAAGCCGGACGCGCAGCAUGCAUUCUCACCCCUAUGCUCCUGACACUCGCGUCUUUCAUCUGUUUAUUACUGGUUGAACUCGGUGGAUACAGCAAAGGCAAUGAUACCCUGAACGGCUUCAAUUUCUUCACGGCGGACCUUACGAAUAUCACGAUCCCCUCAGGAAGCAGCUCCGAGCUGGCAACAGCGAUACAGCAAGCCAAGGAUAGUGGACAUUUGGCGGACGUAUACCAGAUUCACUUGUGGAACUAUUGCUCGUCCAACAGCAGCAGCGAUGGAGACAUUGACUUCUGUUCGAAGAGAAAGUCCAACUUUGUGUUUGACCCUCUUGACGUCUGGGGUAUUAGCAUCGCAAACUCCACGGCAACUAAKACUGCGACGGGGGACAAUGCCGUGGAAUCGACAAUCAACUCGGUGAAGAACAAUUUGUCGCAGUAUGAGGAUGAGCUGCUGGGUUCGAGCGGGAAGAAGGCGUUGGAGGCGUAUAGGAAAGUUGCCAAAUGGAUGUUCAUCGGCUAUCAGGUCUCCUUUUGGACAACGCUUGCAACGAUCGCCGUAGGCCUUUUAGCAAUCUGCUCUCGCUGGGGAAGUCUCCUUACGUGGAUCGUAGCUUUGGUCUCCGCCAUAUUCACAUUCUGCUCGGUCUUGACCAGCACGAUUCUCUUCUCGGUCCUCGUGACGGCUUUGAAUAAAGUCCUUGACGACUACAAAAUCUCCCUAUCCACCACUCGCGAUACUCUUGUCGUUUGCUGGUUGGCAGUAGCCUUCAGCUUCGCGGCAUUGAUUUUCUGGCUCGCGAGCGUCUGUUGCUGCUCAGGCCGAUCGAACCCUCACCACAAAUCGAACAAGGGAGGCCUAUGGAAUGCCGAACCAAAGGGACAAGGAUAUCAAGACUUUGGGCGAGGUCGGGGAGUUCAGGUCGAAAAGACUGGAAAUGGGUACCAGCGCGUUGCGAGCCCAUAUGUCGGCGGCCACGAGGAUCAGGUGCCAUUAAACGACUAUGCGCAGCCAACUGGAUAUGGUAGGCCCGCGCAACACCAGACUGUCGGCUUGGAGCCAUACCGUCACUCUUGA